AUUUUUUAGACCAGAAAAGUUAAGGUUACCCUAAAUCUGAUGUUGCCUUUUGGCCUUUUUGUAGUUAAGAAAAAGAAGCAUUUGCUCUUUUCAUCAUUUAUUAUUCUGAGUGGUCCAAUUCAAGUACAACCCCAGUAGUCAGUAGGUAGCUACUCUUCAGCAGUUAAUUGGCCCUUGACUGAUUCAACAACUUUCAAUCAUUCACAUAUGAGGGAAAAAGAUAACCACAAAUUUGUUCACUUUCCAUUGCCAACUCAAGAAAAAUUUGUUGUAGAAUUCCAUUGAAAAAUUUACAGUUUUUCCAGUUUCCAGUACAAUGGCUAGCUCAAUUUUCAGCUCAAACACAAGUGAGCAGAGAUGGGUUGAUCAGCUAAACCAGCAUUUCACUAUUUAUGUUGAAAAUCCUCCAUCCAUCUUCCAAGUUCCUAAGAUUGUCAGUGAUACAAAUCCAGAAGCCUAUUCACCACAGAAAGUUGGGAUUGGAGCAUUUCAUCAUUUGCGUCCUGAUCUUGAAGAAAUGCAGAGCGAAAAACUCGAGGCCGUGAAGGGAUUUUUAAGCCCAGAACAAUAUCAGAACUUCAAGAGCUUGAUUGUUGAUAAGGAGAACAACAUUCAACCUGAUGACAGGGACUUAACAGAGGAUAUUUUGAUGAUGGAGAAUCAACUGCCUUGCAUUGUCCUAAAGGAAAUCAAUAAGUCCUUGAAUACCCCUCCAAACGAAGGUAAAAAGGAUGAAAUUGAGGAUGGUUUCGAAAACAUGGAUGAGAAAUUGUUCGCAGAAAUGGUGUCAUUCUGCGAAUCGCAUUCUCCGCUUGACCUUGUAAACUCUGGACAAAUGAGUGUUUUUGGUGGUACAAAAUACCUUCAUAUUCUUGAUGUAAUGUAUAAUUUGAUGAUUUAUACAAUGUCUUCUGUAGAACCGGUUGUGUUUUUCUCGGCCGAGGCCGGUUUUCCUGGUGGAAUUAAACAGGUUGCCCAAGUUGCAGGGGAUUUAACAGGGCUAAAGCCUCUGCUGUUGCUGGCAAAUUUGCCAUUGGAGGAAUUCUUUGGCCUGUUGAAAAAGAAGGAUAAUGCCAAUGGCAUUGAGAACUCUUCAAUACAGGAGAUCAACAUUCCUUCAGCUUCUCAACUUCAUCGAGCUUUGAAAAUCCAGUUUAAGAAAAGGGCUGCAGGAUUUUCGGCCAAUGCAGUGAAAUACGAGGAGCAGAAUCGAACCCUGUACCUGCCAGUGAUCAGAUUGAACACUGACUCUGAAGCCAUUUUAAGAAACUUGGUGGCCUAUGAAUUAGCAUCAGGUUCUAACAAUGUGAUUUCCAGUUACCUGGAUUUCAUGUGCGGGAUAAUUGACACUGCUGAAGAUGUCGAAUUUCUCAAGGCGAAUGGAAUAAUCGAAUCGCCACUUCCAAGUGAGGAAAUCGCGAAAAUUUUCAACGGGAUGAAUAAAUCUAGUGGGAUGGAGGCUGAUUUUGAAGGGAUUGUCGAGAAGUUGAAUGAGGAUUAUGAAAACACUUUCCGGGUCAAAUGUUGGAGUUUCAUAAAUGAUCAUUUGGUUCCAUCUGAGGCAACUGCGAAGCUGAUUCUUGGAAUAUUGCUGAUUUUGCUGCUUACAUUGCAAGCAUUUUGCCAGGUUUAUGGUUGCAGCGCCCGUUGGUUUGGGAAGAUCAGCUCCAUCUAAUUAUGACAAGGACGACGAUUUGCUGUCAAAACCUCAUUAGUUCGAUCUAAUUCAGCAAGAAAGAUAAGGGGAAAAAAGGGUUCUAUUAAUUAGGAUUUGUUCAUGAGUAUUACCAAUAAUAUCCAAUGUUAAUGAAUGAGUUCCUGUUAAAGAGAGAUGAUGUUAUAGAUAAUCGUCAUGAAAAGGAGAUAAUUAAGAAGAGUCCUUGUUUAGUUUUAAUAGAUAGAUUGGAAUAAUAAAUUGAUAGGUUUAAUUUAUUUCAUUAUUAUCUAGUAGUAAAAAUAGUUUAGUUAUCAUGUGUAAACAACCUAUAAAUAGGCUUUUAUCUCAGUAUUUUAAAUUUAAGCCAGACACAAUGUAGCCUUCAAAGUAUCUUUUCUCUCAUUUAUUUUUUAAUUGUUCUUCAAAUUCUCAUUUUCUUCUUGGUAUCAGAGCAGGUU